GAUGGCACCACCCGCUUCAAGCUCCGUUAGUCCGUUACCAAGCAACACCUUGUUGGAUCAAUGUCUUGUGUUAUUGUUGGGUGUACGUAAAAUCGUCCCCGGAGUUGCACAGACCAGUGUAUCAUCAAGCAUCGUGCGAGGUGGUCCCUGUUGUGCGUGGGAUGGGCGGCAAGGGCAAGAAAAAGAAGGGAGCAAAGGAUACUUCCGGUGGCGGCAGUACAGGUGGCAGCGGAGGAGCGGCCGGUGGCUCCAGCACACCGGCCAAGGAUAAACCGGAAGCGGAGGAGGGCGACGAGGAGGAUGGUGAGGCGAAACCGAAGAAGGGGAAAGGCAAGAAGGGCAAGGGUAAGGGUGGCAAGUCGUCCAAGUUCCAGGGUGACAUCUUUAAUGAGGCGGCCAUGGAGAACGCGUACUACAUCUGUCACAACAUCCAGGAUGUGCUGAAGUCACGCGGAUUCGCCUGGCCCGAGGGUCAGAAGAAGAAAAAGAAGGGCAAAAAGUGAAGUAGUGCGGGACUUUGACGAGAUGUAAAGACUGUCAGUGAACUGCUAGUGCCAUGAUGGUUACGCCUGUUUCUAGGCAACGCGCUGUUGUGUAUAGGGUAUCGUACGAGCCGUGACCAAUAAAUGUAAACAAACAGUUCGAGUUGGCUAAAGCUAAUGAAUAAA